AUGUUUGAGAAGCCUAAGAGAUACAUUCCUGGACCCGGAGAGCCAGCUCUACCGCCCCAGUUAUCUGAGUUUCAAAACAAGACUACCGAUGAGGUCCUUGAAGAGCUGAAUCGGAUGCCAUUUUUCAUGAAAACACUAGACGAAACAGACGGAGAGGGUGGUCAAAAUACAGAACUAGAAGCUCUCAAGGCUCUCGCUUACGAAGGGGAGCCUCAUGAAAUCGCAGAAAACUUUAAAAAGCAGGGAAAUGAGCUUUACAAGGCCAAAAGAUAUGGUGACGCGCGGGAACUUUAUAAUAAGGGCCUUGAUGUGGAUUGUGAGGUCGCUGAGAUAAAUGAGAGUCUUCAUUCAAACCGCGCUGCGUGUGAAUUGGAAUUGAAAAAUUAUAGACGCUGCAUAAAUGACUGCAAAUUGGCCUUACAAAUUAAUCCUAAAAACGUUAAAUGCUACUACCGUGUAGCUCGAGCCUUUCAUAGUCUCGACAGGGCUGACGAAGCAAAACAGACAGUCCAAUUUGCGUUGCAACUAGAUCCGGAAAACAAAGCCCUUGGUGCACUUUUCGAGAAGAUUAGAAAAAGAGAGGAGGAGGUGCAGGCCUACGAAGCGCAGAAACUAAAGGAAAAAACAGACAAAGAACGUUUGCAGACUCUACUAGAUGCAUCUUUGAUUCUUCGUAAUUUCACAAACAUUGAUACCACGAAUCCUCCUGAGCUGCUAGAAAAAGCCAAAUUGUACUUGGAAGAUGAAAGCGACGUGCAGUCGCAGCUCAUUUUCCCAGCCAUGGUUUUUUAUCCUUCCAGCGACGAGUUUGACUUUAUCGGUGCUGUUGGAGAGCUGAGCACCCCAGAAGAUCUCUUGAAUAUCCUUCUUCAGAGACCUCAAGAGUGGUUUGACCAGCCUAUCCAUCAAGAUUUCACAACAAAAAAACUACUCGCGUUCAUGGAAACAGAAGCUGGGGGUCUGGUGAAAAUUGGCAAAAGGGUCACUUUCCAUAACGUUUUGAAAAUGCAAAGUCCGGUCGUUCCUCUAUUAGAUAAAUCUUUGAGAAUAUAUUUCGUGCCUAAAAGCUCUAGCGAAGAGUGGCUUUCAAAGUGGGACAAGUCGGAUGCAUUGAAUAAACGUAAAUAG